AUGUCACAGAGGCAAACCAGAGAGGCACCAGCAAUGCCAGGAGUGGGGCAUGGCCGAGCUAAGGCCAAAGUACAGUUAGCGCCAGGCACUGACAGAAAGAAGAGCCGCCUCAGCAGGACAAGGCAGGACCUAUGGGAAGAGACCAGCUGGAGUGACCAAAGAUGGAGCAGAGCUGCCCCUACCCCUCGAGGGACCAGGGCUAGAGGACCAGCUCAUGGCAGGAGUGAAGCCAGUCCUCAGAAUGCAGCGCGCGAGCGGAGCCGGGUGAGGACGCUGCGUCAGGCUUUCCUGACCCUGCAGGCUGCUCUGCCUGCUGUGCCGCCUGACACCAAGCUCUCCAAGUUGGAUGUGCUGGUUUUGGCCACCAGCUACAUAGCUCACCUCACCCGCACACUUGGCCAUGAGUUGCCUGGACCUGCCUGGCCCCCCUUCCUGCGUGGACUCCGCUACCUGCACCCUCUCAAGAAGUGGCCCAUGAGAUCUCGCCUCUAUGCUGGCGGUCUGGGGUGCUCCAGCCUGGACUCCACCACAACCAUCGCUUCUGACCAGAGAACGAGAGAUGCAGAGGGGGGGUCUCAAGUCUCUGGAGAGGCAGAUGCUUGUCCCACCAAGCCACGUUUGCCAGCUCUUGGUGACAAAUCACGCUCUUCCUGUUCCUAG